UACCGUCUGUCAGUUGUGAGCCAGGACUGAGAAGGAAAUGGGGUGAUGUUGAUCUCAAAAUUAAUGGAUUUCUUUAUCUCAAGACUUCAUUAUUUGGGUUUCAAAGACGUUCACGGCUAUUGCCCAAGAAGCUCGUCGUCCAAUACCAGAUCUCAUCUGCAGCGCCCAUAUGUGGCUCAGCGCGAGCAGCAGAGAGUUUUGUUUCGCGUGUGACCACCACCCAGCUGCUUUGUAAGUUCUAAUUGGUGAUUGGACUGAGCCUCAACCUAUAGCAGGAAGACAAGACAUACACUAACAGCUACAGAUCUUACACCCAUAGGACACCUGCAGCCGUUAAGUUAGAGCUUGAGCAUCCUUCACACUGCAAUGACACAGACAACUUCAUGGAUUGAAGCCAAUUUUCAUAAAAGAGAAUGCAUCAAAUACAUUCCUUCAGGGAAAGACAACAGCAGGUGUGGAUGUGGACAGACAUUGCAAUCGCAUACUAUCCAAGCAUCAUACAGCACAGGUGCUCAAAGCUUGUACAGUGCGACUUCAGCAGUAUCGAGUGGAGAUCACUGGGCCUCUUCCCGACAUACACAAACUUACCCUACAGAUGCUUUUGGUAUCAUUGAGUUUCAAGGCAGUCCUCAUCCUCUUAAAGCCCAGUAUGUUCGACUAAGUUACGAUACGAGGCCUGAGCUGGUUCUCCAACUUUUAACCAGAGAGUGGCAACUAGAACUACCAAAGCUUCUCAUUAGUGUUCAUGGAGGAAAGGCAAAUUUUGAACUUCAACCGAAGUUGAAGCGAGUUCUGAGGAAAGGAUUUGUGAAAGCUGCAAAAACAACGGGUGCUUGGAUCUUUACUGCGGGAACAAAUACAGGUGUUAUGAGACAUGUGGGAGAAGCACUUUUAAAUGAGAGAACUCCAAGACUUCGUGGACGGGUUGUUACAAUAGGUAUUGCACCAUGGGGAAUCAUAGAAAACAGAAAAAAAUUAAUUGGUAAAAAUGUGGUGGUUCCUUAUCAUAGCAUUUCAUCUCCUAAGAGCCGACUUGCUGUGCUAAACAACCACCAUUCAUAUUUCAUCUUGGUUGACAAUGGAUCAGUGGGCAAGUAUGGAGCCGAAAUUGCCCUGAGGAAGAAGCUUGAAAAGUACAUCUCUAAGCAAAAGAUAUAUGCACGUAGUGACAUGAGAAGUUGUGGAGUUCCUGUUGUGUGUGUGGUGGUGGAAGGAGGACUUAAUACCAUUCGUUCAGUGUUAGAAUAUGUUACAGAUACCCCACCAGUACCUGUAGUUGUUUGUGAUGGAAGUGGAAGAGCUGCUGACCUCUUGGCUUUCACCCAGAAAUAUAUCCACGAUGAUGAAAUGAUGAUUGACAACAUGAAGGACCAGUUGAUUGCAACGAUUGAGAAAACUUUUCAACUCAAUAAAGAUCAAGCUGAACAAGUCUACAAAGAGCUGGUAUCUUGUGUUCGACGCAAAGACUUGAUCACUGUAUUCAGAAUGGGUGAAGGGCCGUGUAGAGAACUUGACCAAGCAAUACUGACAGCUUUGCUAAAAGGACAUCACCUACCUCCACCAGAUCAACUAAGUUUGGCUUUAACAUGGAAUCGAGCAGAUAUUGCUCGAUCAGAGAUUUUUGUUUAUGGGCAGGAAUGGCCACCAGGAUCUUUAGAAAUUGCAAUGAUGGAUGCCCUGGUGUUAGAUAGAGUAGACUUUGUCAAAUUACUUCAGGAGAAUGGUGUCACGAUGCAGAAAUUUCUUACCAUACCUAGGUUAGAAGAGCUAUAUAAUACUAAAUAUGGUCCUACCAACACUUUACAAUACCUGGUAAGAGAUGUCAAAAAAAACAUACCACAUGAGUAUAGAUACACCUUGUAUGAUAUUGGUUUGGUCAUUGAAAAGCUUAUGGGAGGAGCUUACAGAUCGUCGUACUGUAGACGAAAAUUUCGUCUUCUCUACAACAAUGUGAUGAAGAAAGUUUCAACAUGCCCUAUUCUCAGCCACACAAUGGCAUUCCAGUAUCAGGGAACUACUAAUCUUGGAGAUUCUUAUAGUUACAAUAAUUUUCUGUUUAAGUAUCCUUUCAAUGAACUGAUCAUCUGGGCUGUACUUACCAAACGUCACCAGAUGGCAUUGUAUAUGUGGCAAAAUGGAGAAGAAGCCUUGGUUAAGGCCAUCACUGCAUACAAACUAAAUACCGAGAUGGCACGUGAAGCAGCUGAAGAUGACAUGGAAGGUGAUAUUUAUGAAGAACUUAAAGCAUAUGCUAAAGACUUUGAAACUCGAGCACUUGAUCUGCUAGAUUACUGUUAUCGUCAAGACAAUGACAUUACUCUCCAACUACUAACAUAUGAACUUCAAAACUGGAGUGAACAGACAUGCUUAGGGAUGGCUGUUAAUGCUAAACAUAGCUCCUUUCUGGCGCACACUGCAUCUCAAAUGUUGUUAGCAGACUUGUGGAUGGGAGGUCUUCGAACCAGAAAGAACACAAACCUAAAGGUGAUUUUAGGUUUAUUAUUUCCCCUCACCAUACUGACGCUGGAUUUCAAAACCAAAGAGGAACUUCAGCUCAUGCCUCAGACAGAAGAAGAACACAUGUUAAAUAAGGAAGAAGAUGAAGAGUCUGAAUCUGACACUACCUCUCAUGAAGAACGCCCUCCUUUGGGGAAUCCGUACAAUAUGGAGACUUCCAGGAGAAAGUUCACGUCCCUUACAAGCCUUGCUGCACACACUGUUCCACGCUGCAGCUCUAAUGUGCGAUUUGCUAUCCUAGAAAAUGGAAAAUACAAUGUGGAAAGCCUUCCCAAUGGUGACUUAAGUGGUCAUACUGUGAAGACAAAGAAGCGACCCUUAAAGCUUGGCAAGAAAAUCUAUGAAUUUUAUGCAGCUCCUAUCACAAAGUUUUGGGGACAUACUAUUGCUUAUGGUGUUUUCAUGUGCUUCUACACUUACGUGGUGUUAGUACGUAUGCAACCCACCCCAUCUUGGCAGGAGUUGUAUGUAAUAGCUUAUCUCUGUACCUUAGGUGUGGAGAAGAUACGAGAGAUUGUUUGUUCUGAGCCGGUGAAACUAGCUCAGAAAAUUUCAGUGUGGUUGGAAAAGAAGUGGAACCCAUGUGACCUAGCAUUAAUCUUAUGUUUUCUGGUUGGUAUGGCAUUACGCCUUCAUCCCCCAACUCAUGAAGAAGGCCGAGUUAUCUACAGUAUGGAUAUUAUGUACUGGUACAUCAGGAGUUUAGACUUUUUGAGUGUAAACAAAUAUCUUGGUCCAUAUGUAACCAUGAUAGGGAAAAUGGUGAUGAAUAUGAUCUACUUUGUGGUGCUGCUUUUGGUAGUUCUUAUGAGCUACGGAGUAGCCCGGCAGUCAAUUCUGUACCCGUACGAGGAACCUUCAUGGCGUCUAGCACGAAACAUUUUCCACAUGCCCUAUUGGAUGUUGUAUGGAGAAGUGUAUGCUGACAGCAUAGAUCCUGAGUGUGGAGAUGGGGAAGGCAUGUUCCCUUGUCGAACAGGAAUGUGGCUGAACCCUGCAAUAAUGGCCAUUUAUUUAUUAAUUGCUAACAUCCUUCUGGUCAACCUACUUAUUGCAGUUUUCAACAACAUCUUUUUUGAAGUGAAUGCCAUAUCCCAGCAGGUUUGGAAAUAUCAACGUUUCCGAGUUGUCAUGGAAUAUGAACAGAAACCUGUCCUCCCACCUCCUCUUAUUAUCCUCUCUCACAUUUUGCUUCUGCUAAAGUUUUGCUUCCGUCGGUGGAGAGGACUCAGAGAAAAUUUUGAUCAUGGUCUUAAACUAUUUUUAGAUGAAGAUGAAGUAGAAAAAAUUAAUGAUUUUGAGGAAGAAUGUGUUGAAGGAUAUUUUCGAGAAAAGGAAAGAAAACAACAGAUGUCUACUGAUGAACAAGUUCGAUCGACAGCAGAGAGGGUAGAAGUAAUAUCACAAAAAGUGGAGGAUAUAAUUCAGAGAGAGAAAGAGUCCUGUUCUUCCAUCAAAAGUUUGGACUUUCGACUAACUAGGUUGUUAGAAUUAGCAGAGCAGACUUCCACAUCUCUUUCAGUAAUUCACAGGUUUAUGGCCACUCAGAUGGAUGAAGCAGAAACACCUCAACAGGCUCACCCUGGUAGAAAGCUUCUUGGCGAGGUGGAAUCAGAGGCAUUAAAUCAGUGUAUUACUACAAAUAUUGAAGAUGAUCAUGUUAGCUAUCAUCCCACCAAGACAGAAAAGUCACAAACUGUUACGCGCCAGGAUACUGAAAAAAGUGAAAGUCCUUCAAAAAUAUCAAAUGGAGAAACUGAUGAAGACUCCUCAAGCAUCAGUUUAGUUUCACCAUUUAUUGAAGUGGGCAAUAAAACAACCUCUAAAAACAGUUUAUUGCAAAGACGAAUACAAACUCCACAAAUAGCAGGUUCUAGACUAACCAGGCAAUCUUCAGUCCCAGCUUCUGUUUCAGAUUCUGCCCCUUCUCCAGAUGAUACGUUAGGUGAAUUAUCUGAAAGGCCUGUAACUCGUUCUAACCGACUUUUACGUAGGGGCCUAAGUUUCUCCUUAUCUGAAGUAGAAGAACAAGCUUCUCACAUUUCAGUAUCUCCUCAAACAAGUAUAAAAUUUGCAAGGAGCACAUCAUCUGGAUCACAAAGACGAUUUGAUCAGGAUCCUGUCAUCUAUGUUCUUCCUGCUUCACCCCAUCCACCAUUAGCAGCUACUCGAGGAGAGUACACCAGUAUUACAGAUGAUUUAGAAAAUGCUGCUUGCUUUACAAAUUUAUUACAUCCUUCCCAUAAUAGCCUUAGUCGCAGCACCAUUACAACAUCGAGUCAGGCUCAGGCCGUAGAAACGGAAAUCUUACAAGGAGCUGAAGCCGAGGAUUACUUCUUGAUGGAGGGUUUGAUCCAACGAAGACUACAUAGAGACUCUGAGAACCUUACUGUAAGUUUGGAAGAAUUAUGCAGCAUACAGACUGACUCAGACAGUGAAGUUUCCAAUAAUUUUCACAUGGAAAGGCAGGGGAUCAGUGCUCCAGCAAAACUUUCUUCCCAAGGUAGUACCCAUAACCAAACCCUUAGUGGAGAGAUACGAAGAAGAUCAGAAUCAUGUGGCUCGGCUAAUGGCUUAAUGAGUGAGACAAGAAAUGAGAAGUCCAAGAAGUGGAGCUCAUCUGGCCAUGUCAACCAUUCAAGUACAGAUACAGAAGAGCAAAAACCAAAGAGGUCAGAAUCUUAUGGUGGGAUUUGUUUUUUAUCUCAUGGAUUCCCAAAUGAAACUAGUUGUUAAUGUCCUAUUGCUAAUGUGGUUUUUGCAGUUUGAAUAGUAAAAAGUUGAAAAGGGUAACGACCUUGUAUACUGUUUUUACCCAUCUUUUUAAACCUCAUACAAAAUAAUAGGAUGAAAGAACUUGGUACAGAUAUAAAUAUAAAAAAGGUUAUUUAACUGCACAUAAAACUUGUAGUGAAGAGAAUUAUUCUCCUAUCAGUUUGAAUGAUUUGAACAUGUAGAUAAUGGAGAGAGAGAGAGAAUGAUAUUCCGAACUGUAUUCUAAGUCAGCUCAAGCAGGAUUCAAAUACACAGUUGUGUUAAUUAGGCAGCUGUAAUGAUAGGCUAAACUACUGAAAUCAACAUUGCCAAGAUCAGUUUAUACUAUGGCAUUUUUGUAAGAUCAUAUCAUAAGAUCUAGAACUUGUAAUGAUAAGUUUGAUAACUGUCUUAGUUUUCAGUUUGUCAAAUGUAAGAGUUAAAGCAUCUGACAGGGCUAAUUAGAAUUAAUUUUACAUUUACAUAUACCAGAAUCUGGUCUACUCAAAAAUAAGAUACCUCAUUUCAGUAUUACUCUGAGAUUGAUUGAAUCAGCUGGAAAAACGUGCACAUUACACGUAAAUCUAAAUCUAUUUUCCUUAGUCAUAGAUUAAUGGUUUGUAUUGAUUCAGAAUUGUUGAUUAUAACAUCUAGUGCAACAGAAAUAAAUCUGUUGUUUUCAGAAUUUAGUAAUAGUUUUAUGUAAUUACUUUUUUCCCUUUUUAUAAAAAAAAAUUAACAAAUGUAACAAA